AUGCCCCAAAACAUCCUCUGGCUCUUUUUCUUGGCAAUGAUGAAGGCGAGAGGGGAGCUGCCAUUCAUUGCAGAAAACAAUGCGGCUAUGAUGGUAAACUGGAACGCAGUUGAAGAAAACAAAAAAUUGUAUGCAAUUUAUGACACAAGUGUGAACGAUCCCGGCAACAUGUCCUUCGUGAAAGAAACUGUGGAUAAAUUGCUGAAGGGCUACGACAUCCGCCUCCGCCCGGAUUUCGGAGGUCCGCCCGUGUGCGUGGGCAUGAACAUCGACAUCGCCAGCAUCGACAUGGUGUCCGAAGUCAACAUGGAUUAUACUUUGACUAUGUAUUUUCAACAGUACUGGAGAGAUAAGAGACUGGCUUAUGCUGGCAUACCUCUCAACCUCACGCUUGAUAAUCGAGUGGCAGAUCAACUCUGGGUGCCUGACACUUACUUCUUAAAUGACAAGAAAUCAUUUGUGCAUGGCGUUACUGUGAAAAAUCGAAUGAUUCGCCUUCACCCGGAUGGAACGGUGCUUUAUGGCCUCAGAAUCACAACCACUGCAGCUUGUAUGAUGGACUUGAGAAGAUAUCCAUUAGAUGAACAGAACUGUACUCUGGAAAUAGAAAGCUAUGGCUACACAACCGAUGACAUUGAGUUCUAUUGGCGAGGUGGAGAUAAUGCUGUCACUGGUGUAGAAAGGAUUGAACUUCCUCAGUUCUCUAUUGUGGAAUACAGACUGGUGUCAAAGAAUGUUGUCUUUGCCACAGGUGCCUAUCCAAGACUCUCACUGAGCUUCAGGUUGAAGAGAAAUAUUGGAUACUUUAUUCUUCAAACCUACAUGCCCUCCAUACUGAUUACCAUUUUAUCAUGGGUGUCAUUCUGGAUCAAUUAUGAUGCAUCAGCAGCAAGAGUUGCCCUUGGAAUUACAACUGUGCUGACUAUGACAACAAUCAACACUCACCUGAGAGAGACUUUGCCUAAAAUUCCAUAUGUUAAAGCCAUUGACAUGUAUCUUAUGGGCUGCUUUGUAUUUGUCUUCUUGGCCUUACUUGAAUACGCCUUUGUCAACUAUAUUUUCUUUGGAAAAGGCCCUCAAAGGCAGAAGAAACUUGCAGAAAAAACAGCAAAGGCAAACAACGAUCGCUCAAAAUUUGAAGGCAACCGGGUGGACACUCAUGGAAACAUUUUGUUAACAUCACUUGAAAUCCACAAUGAGGUGGCGAGCAAUGAGGUCACAACUAGUGUUACUGAUGCCAGAAAUUCAACAAUAUCCUUUGACAGCUCAGGAAUCCAGUACAGAAAACAAAGCUCACAUCGUGAAAGCCUUGGAAGGCGUUCGUCAGAAAGAACAGGCCCCCACAGCAAGAGGACCCAUUUACGAAGACGGUCUUCACAACUGAAAAUAAAAAUCCCUGAUCUAACAGAUGUGAAUGCCAUCGACAGAUGGUCAAGAAUGGUGUUUCCAUUCACAUUUUCUCUUUUCAACUUAAUUUACUGGCUAUACUAUGUUAACUGA